AUGAAGAUUGGUGUAUUUUUGGCGACAGCAGCUUUCGUCUUUUCAGAAGCAAGCGCAUUCUCAGUUCCAUUAGGCUCGUGGGGAAGAUACGACUCUGACAUCUCCCAGCUACAAUUGACUAUUGAUAAAACUGAGUCCAUAAUUGAACAGGCUGCAGAAUAUUUCAAUGAUUCCAAAUCUCUUCUAUCUCCGCAUAUUUAUUCUCUCUGGGAAUCACUUGCUAGGGACCACCCAGAUGCUGUGAAACAAGCGCUCAGCCUUUCAAAACCGGUGAAAACUUCUCCUCAAAGCAAUUGGUUAUAUCAAGUUACAAAUGAUCAAAUUCCAAAUCGCAAGUUGAGAAUUAAAACGCCUGGAGAACUUGGUAUUGACAGUGUUAAGCAAUAUUCAGGCUAUCUAGAUAUUGAGGAUGACGACAAGCACUUUUUCUUUUGGUUUUUUGAAUCCCGCAACGAUCCCAAGAAUGAUCCGGUUGUGCUUUGGAUUAAUGGGGGACCUGGUUGUUCAUCGAUGACAGGUGGUCUCUUUUUUGAAUUGGGCCCCAGUGCUAUUGGUCAGGAUCUCAAACCUAUUUACAAUCCAUACUCCUGGAAUUCUAAUGCAAGUGUCAUCUUCCUUGAUCAGCCUGUUAAUGUUGGUCAUUCAUACUCAUCCAAGCCAGUAAAAACUACAGUUGCUGCUGGGAAAGACUUUUACGCCUUUUUAAAACUGUUCUUUCAGCAAUUUCCUGAAUACAGUACUCUCCCAUUUCAUAUCUCAGGGGAAUCUUACGCUGGACAUUAUAUUCCUGCAUUUGCUAGAGAAAUUAUUUCUAAUAAUGAUGAUCCUAAUAGAAAUUUUAACCUUAGUUCAAUUCUCAUUGGUAAUGGUAUUACUAAUCCAUUAAUUCAGGAUGAGUAUUUUGAACCCAUGGCAUGUGGAAAAGGCGGCCACCCGGCCGUGUUGAACCCCGAUCAAUGUCAGUUUAUGCGCGAUCAGUGGCCUCGUUGUAAACGAUUACUAGAAGUAUGCUAUCAAAAUCCCACUGCUUUGGCUUGUGUACCUUCAGAAAUACACUGUGGUGUUAUCAAACAACCAUUUCGAGAGACCGGGCUCAAUGUGUAUGAUAUGCGAGUCCCCUGUGGAAAUAGCUCCCUCUGUUAUGUCCAAGAGGAGUGGAUAACAGAGUAUAUGAAUUUGCCAGAAAUAAAACUAGCAAUUGGGUCGGAAGUAGAAUCUUUUGUUGGCUGCGAUCACGAUGUUGGGGCGUAA